GGGGAGUGACAAGAUGGAGGCGCGGUGGCUUCAACCCUAUGUGUUAUCUAGUGUAUUUAUAUAACUAAUGGAACAGAACCACGCGGACGACUUUCUCUCUCUUUUUUUAUGCAGUUGCCCCAAUCAUUCGUUAGAAGUUGGAUUAAAAAAAAAACAUUUUCCCGUAAGGCUGAUUUCAGUCACUCGUCUAUUUAUUCAAGUUGUGAAAACUCAACUAGUUGCCGUCAGUUCGUGAACUUGGUUCGCGUCUUACCGCUUGCACUCGGUUCGGGGUUUCGGGAGAGAACUAGGAUGUCUGCGGUGAAAGCGCUUCAACAGUGGUGUAAGAUCCAGGUUCAGGGUUACAGAGAUGUCACGAUCACCAAUAUGACAACUUCUUUCAGGGACGGGAUGGCUUUCUGCGCCCUCAUUCACCGAAACAGACCCGACCUCAUUGACUUUGAUUCCCUGAUGAAGGAGAAUGUCUAUGACAACAACCACCUGGCGUUCCGGGUAGCGGAGGAUGAGUUGGGGAUCCCAGCUCUGUUAGAUGCUGAGGACAUGGUGGCCCUGAAGAUACCAGACAGACUCAGUAUUCUGACAUAUGUCUCACAAUACUACAACUACUUCCAUGGCAAAUCACCUAUUGGCGGCAUGGCGGGGAUAAAGCGUCCAGCGGAGGCGUCCACAGAAGAGGGGCCUUCUGGGAAAAAGAACCAAGCAGUUGUCUCCAAGGUCUUCCCCGCCUCUUCCCCCUCUAAAUCCGCUACAGAGAACCGCCCUCCCUCCUCCUCCUCACCCAAAUCCUCAACCAGACCAGACAGGGCAGCGCAGAAGGAUGUGUUGUCGGAGCGCUCCAAUAAGACGGGGACUCUGAGCAGUAAGUGUUCCGUGUGUAAUAAACACGUUCAUCUGGUCCAGAGACACCUAGUGGAUGGGAGGCUGUAUCACAGGAGCUGUGCCAGGUGUAGUGAGUGUUCCACCACUCUACUGUCUGGUAACAGUAAACCUGGACCAACACCAGGCUCCUUCAUCUGUACCUCCCACCACCACCCCCAGGGGGCACUGCCAACACACACCCCUCUCCGAGACCUGCCCAAAAACAACCCUACUACCCCUGCUGCCUCCAAAUACACCCCUCACCCUCCUCCCACUGUCAAGACCACCCCUCUCUCAGACCUGCCCAAAAACAACCCUACUACCCCUACCUCCAAAUACACCCCUCACCCUCCUCCCACUGUCAAGACCACCCCUCUCUCAGACCUCUCCAGGAAUACCCCCGGACCCAAAUACACAGACCCCCCGAAAUCCACCCCAGCUCCGACACCCACCAGUACCCCCUCCAAAUUUGGCCCUAGCUGGCUGAGCUCCAAAUCCGACGGAUCCAAAACCAACACCCCCUCUGCCUUCUCCUCGCGGCCCAGCCCGGGGCUCUCCUCCCUGGGCAUAGUGAGCCCUGCAGCCUCUGGACCCACCACCCACUCUGCCUCCUCCUCGCGACCCAGCCCGGGGCUCUCCUCCCUGGGCAUAGUGAGCCCUGCAGCCUCUGGACCCACCACCCACUCUGCCUCCUCCUCGCGACCCAGCCCGGGGCUCUCCUCCCUGGGCGUAGUGAGCCCUGCAGCCUCUGGACCCAUCAUCCCCUCUGCCUCCUCCUCGCGGCCCAGCCCGGGGCUCUCCUCCCUGGGCAUAGUAAGCCCUGCAGCCUCUGGACCCAUCACAGUCCCACGGAGCUUCAACACUACAACUAGCGCCACCACUCCCACAGCAUCCCAGACCCAGCAGGCACGGCUCCAGUUCUUCCAGUCUGGGAACGCCCCUACUGGGCAGGAGAACCAGGGCCAGACUCAGGCACAGAGUCGACCCACAAAUAAAGUCCCCAACGCCGGCACGCAGGGGACAGUAGUGGGGGUUGGCCAGGGUGUGAGUGUGGUAGUGAGUUUGGGUGGCGGUGGGGUAGCGGAUAAGGGAGGGGAUAAGGGUUGGGGAGGGGCUAAGUGUGGGGAUAAGGGUUCAGGUUGGGGAGGGGCUAAGGGUGGGGAUAAGGGUUCAGGUUGGGGAGGGGCUAAGGGUGGGGAUAAGGGAGGGGAUAAGGGUUGGGGUGGGGAUAAGGGAGGGGAUAAGGGUUCAGGUUGGGGUGGGGCUAAGGGUGGGGCUAAGGGUGGGGAUAAGGGUUGGGGUGGGGAUAAGGGUGGGGAUAAGGGUGGGGAUAAGGGUUGGGGUGGGGAUAAGGGUGUGAAUGUGGUGGUAGGUGGGGACAGGGAUGUGGUUCAGGGUAGAGGUAGAGUUGUCUUCAAGAUGGAUGGUGAUGUGAAAGCCUCUCCAUCUAAAGAAGACUGCAGUACCAAGACCCAGGCAGCUGCUGUCAUCACUAAGAAACUAACAGACAACACCACCAACCACACCACCACAACAGCUGCUGCUGUCAUCACUAAGAAACUAACAGACAACACCACAACACCAGCUGCUGUCAUCACUAAGAAACUAACAGACAACACCACACCACCAGCUGCUGCUUCCAGUCCUCCCUGGCACCCUGUAGGACUGAAGAAGACUGAGAACAGAUCUCCCUCUCUCAGACAUGCCCCUGCUGAAACACCUAAGAAAGAGACAGAGACUCCUAAAAAGGGGACUGGGGGGGGCAGAGUUAAGCUAAAAGCAGACCCUUCUCUCCUCGCCCCCCUCGCCCCCAACACCUCCACCCCGACCCCAGCCAGCAGAACAGGACUGGGGAACAAAACCCUAGAUAAGGCCCCCGGAGCUGCUUCUCCCAGCAACACUAUGGCAACAGCAGACAACAGCAGCUCUCCUGCUGACUGGCGGUCCAGGCUCAAACCUGCCUCCAAGCCUGUAGGACCUAAAGACUCCUCUCCCCUCCACCCUGACAUUCAGAAGGCUGAAACCCUGCCUCGGCCCUGGGCCGGCGGAUCAGGAAACCCCCAGGCUUCAGUCCCUGCUGGGUCUACUCUGGCCCCCUCCAGCCCUCCAGACGCCUCCUCACCCAGCCCGCUGAACACCGGCCCUGGGACAUGGGCAGGCGUCCUGACAGGGAAGAGCUCAGCGACAGCUAACGGCUCCAACACAGACACCAAGACACCUAAACCAGGUAAACCGGACUACAUCCCGAAGGAAGAGAUCCUCAGAGAGCUUCAGGAGAUAGAGGACAGUGUUAAUGAGUUGGAGAGGAAAGGAGUGGACCUGGAGAAACAACUACGUGCCUGUGAAGAGGAGGGAGAAGAGGACGUGGUGAUGGAUGACCUGAUGGUGGAAUGGUUCAACCUCAUCAGAAACAAGCAGGUGUCCAUGAGGAGAGAGUCAGAACUGGUCUACAUAGCGAAGACACAGGACUUAGAGGAACAGCAGCCCAGUGUAGAGCAGGAGCUGAGGAGACUCAUGGACAAACCUGAGCGGCUGAAGACGUCGUGGGACCGGCGUAGAGAAGAGGAGUUGAUGGUCAAGCUGGUGGAUAUCGUCAAUGACAGGAACGCCAUCAUAGAAGGACUGGACGAUGACAGACUCAGGGAGGAUGAGGAAGAUGAGCAGCUCAAUAAGAUGAUGAAGAACCUAGACACAAAGAAAGAGAAGAAGAAGAAGUCUAGCUUCAAGUUGUUUGGGAGGAACAAGAAGGAGGGAUGAUACCGCGGGGAGGAACUCUGGGACACACUGUUACCCUGCUUUACAUCUGGUUAUUAACAAGGAGGAGGGAUGAUACCGCGGGGAGGAACUCUGGGACACACUGUUACCCUGCUUUACAUCUGGUUAUUACUGUGUUUAUAGUUGAUGUAUUGAAGUCUGUUGGCUCUCUGGUUCAUGUGUCUAUAAUACCCUCCUGACAUGCGUGUGACCCCUCAUUGUCAUCCAUGUCAUCACACUGUCCUCUCAGUGUCAAGCUGAAACCCAGUAUAACACUACACACAGCACAUCCACACUGUGUCUGUAUGUAAUAUGUGUGUAAUGUGUGUGUGUGUGUGUGUGUGUGUGUGUGUGUGUGUGUGUAAUGUGUGUGUGUGGUUUGUUAAUCUGUAUGAUGGGGAUUAUGUAGGGAUUAGAAGAUAUCAAAGGAGCUAUGGCCUCGCUGUCUGUGACAUCACAAUGACUCACUGCUAAUGUCUGACAUCACUCACUCAACCGUGUGCCCUUUGCCCUCUGCUGUUUACAAGCUAUAGAGAGAAGUUGUUUUGUUGAGGGGUCGGACAACUCUUCUUAUGACAUACCAUCACGCUUCUCUAUAGCUUCAUCUGUCCACGGGAUGGUUUAUCUUCUGACUCCAGAUCAGAUGUUAGCUCUGUAAUCGCCCCCCUAGUUCAUCUUUUAUAAUGUUAUGUCCUGACUGCAGAUCAGAUGUUAGCUCUGUAAUCGCCCCCUAGUUCAUGUUUUAUAAUGUUAUGUCCUGACUCCAGAUCAGAUGUUAGCUCUGUAAUCGCCCCCUAGUUCAUGUUUUAUAAUGUUAUGUCCUGACUCCAGAUCAGAUGUUAGCUCUGUAAUCGCCCCCUAGUUCAUGUUUUAUAAUGUUAUGUCCUGACUCCAGAUCAGAUGUUAGCUCUGUAAUCGCCCCCUAGUUCAUGUUUUAUAAUGUUAUGUCCUGACUCCAGAUCAGAUGUUAGCUCUGUAAUCACCCCUCUAGUUCGUUUUAUAAUGUUAUGUCCUGACUCCAGAUCAGAUGUUAGCUCUGUAAUCGCCCCCUAGUUCAUGUUUUUUAAUGUUAUGUCCUGACUCCAGAUCAGAUGUUAGCUCUGUAAUCGCCCCCUAGUUCAUGUUUUAUAUUGUUAUGUCCUGACUGCAGAUCAGAUGUUAGCUCUGUAAUCGCCCCCUAGUUCAUGUUUUAUAAUGUUAUGUCCUGACUCCAGAUCAGAUGUUAGCUCUGUAAUCGCCCCCUAGUUCAUGUUUUUUAAUGUUAUGUCCUGACUCCAGAUCAGAUGUUAGCUCUGUAAUCGCCCCCUAGUUCAUGUUUUAUAAUGUUAUGUCCUGACUCCAGAUCAGUGAUGAGUGUCUUAUGAGCUUUUAUUAAGCAGCAUUUUGCAUUGAUCAAAGUUAAUGUGUAUAAAUGCUGGCCUUUCAGCCAAAGGGUUUUUAUUCAGUAUAAGAGACUCGCUUUUA